AUGGCUAGUGUUCAGGCAGCCCCGGGCUUCCAGGGCCCUGGGCAGCUUCCCGCCGGCCUGACAAAAGAGAUGAUCGGCCAGAUCUACCAGAAAUACCAGCAAAUGAAGCAACAAGGCGUUUCCGAGACCGAUCCCGAAUUCCUCAAAGCCAAGAAUCUCCUCACCCUCGUUCAGAGGCAGAACAGUGCGCGUCAACAACAACAGCGAUUGAUGCAGCAACAGAUGCAGCAGCGCCAAGCUGGUCAAGGCGACCAACAGCCCCAACAGAACGGCGCUGCGGCAGGCAUGACCAAUGGCUCAAAACCCACCGCAUCCGCCGACGGGAAGUCUGUGGCCCCAUUGCAAAUAUCAGGCGCCGCUUCGGCCGGCCAGCCAGUCUCCGCUGAUGGCCAGACGCCGACAUCAGCUUCCGCAGCCGCCCCGGCCUUUACACAGGAACAACUCGUCCUCUUGCGCAAGCAGAUCGCAGCCUUCAAGCAUUUGUCAAAAGGCAUGGCUUUGCCCUCUCACAUGCAGCAGCAGCUCUUCGCUACCCAACAGGCAAAGAAGCAGAGCACUUCUGAGGCUGUUGCUGCCGCUAGCCAGGUUCUUGAUAAUGCGUCCCGCGCCGGUAGCGCUGCGGCUGCCGGCGCAAACAGCCUUGGUUCCGGUGCGAGCGCUCCUGCCAAACACAAGCACCCGGAUAAGUUUGAGAACCCUUGGGGUACCGAUACCGUGAAGAAGGACAUCCAUUACCUGGCGCACAUGUAUCGUGCGAACCGACCGUACAUAUCGUCCAUCAUGCCGCUUGGCGUGAGUGUGGAGGAGGUCCGAAGGGAGAUGAAUCUGAUCGAUCAGCGAGAAAGAGAAGCACGUGAGGUCAUUCUGUAUAACCGCUUAUCCGCCCGCAAAGCAGAGUUGGAGAAGAUCAGCGCCAACAUCGGAUCAUGGGACACUGGCAAGACCGAUACUCCGGAGGACGACGGCAAGGUGAAGCUUGCAUUGGUCAUCGAGCAGAAGAUGCUCAAUCUGCUUCCCAAGCAACGCCUGUUGCGAAAGCAGAUCAGCCGCGAAAUGGUUCAUGCCGAUAAUCUCGCCAUGACGGCCAACCGAACGCUGUACCGCCGACUCAAGAAGCAAUCUCUGCGCGAGGCGCGUCUGACGGAGAAGCUCGAGAAGCAACAGCGUGAUGCUCGCGAAACAAAGGAGAAGAAGAAGCACCACGACUUCAUCGAAGCCAUCCGCAAGCACCGCCACGAGCUUACCGAAGCCAGCAUGGCUCAGCGACAGCGGCUACAGAAGUUAGGUCGUACCAUGAUCACGACACAUCAAAACAUCGAGAAGGAAGAACAGAAGCGGGUCGAGCGUACUGCCAAGCAGCGUCUCCAGGCCUUGAAGUCGAACGACGAAGAGACAUAUCUCAAACUGCUUGGUCAAGCCAAGGACACCCGUAUCUCUCACCUGCUCAAGCAGACCGAUGGUUUCCUCAAGCAGCUGUCCGACUCUGUCAAAGCGCAACAACGGAGCCAGAACAACAGAUUGGGCAUUCAGCAAGAGGAGUCCUCAGCCGAAGAAUCGAGCGAAGACGAGUCUGGCGACGAAGUCGCACCCCGGCCUGGCAAGAAGCGGACAGACUACUACGAGAUUGCUCAUCGUGUAAAGGAGGAGGUCACAGGCCAAGCCAACUGUCUAGUUGGUGGCACCCUUAAAGAGUACCAGGUUAAGGGUUUGCAGUGGAUGAUAUCACUAUACAACAACAACUUGAACGGUAUCUUAGCUGAUGAGAUGGGUCUGGGCAAGACCAUUCAGACAAUCAGUUUGAUUACGUAUCUCAUCGAGAAGAAGCAGCAGCCCGGACCUUACCUGGUCAUCGUACCCUUGAGUACUCUUACCAAUUGGAACAAUGAAUUCGACAAGUGGGCACCCAGCAUUUCGAAGAUCGUCUACAAAGGACCUCCUAAUCAAAGAAAGCAGCACCAACAGCAGAUUCGUUGGGGACAGUUUCAAGUUCUUUUGACAACCUACGAAUUCAUCAUCAAGGACCGGCCGAUCUUGAGCAAGAUCAAGUGGCUUCACAUGAUUGUAGAUGAGGGUCACCGAAUGAAGAACCAGAACUCCAAGCUCAGCAGCACGAUCACCCAAUAUUACACAACGCGCUUCCGCUUGAUUCUGACAGGAACGCCUCUGCAGAACAACCUUGUUGAGCUUUGGGCGAUGCUCAACUUCGUUCUACCCACCAUUUUCAAGUCAUCAAAAUCAUUUGAUGAAUGGUUCAAUACGCCUUUUGCCAACACGGGUGGCCAGGACAAGAUGGAGAUGACCGAAGAGGAACAGCUGCUUGUCAUUCGUCGUCUGCAUAAAGUUCUCCGCCCAUUCUUGCUUCGCCGGUUGAAGAAGGACGUCGAGAAAGACUUGCCGGACAAAACGGAGCGCGUCAUCAAGUGCAAUUUCUCCGCACUGCAAGCGAAGCUUUACAAACAGCUUGUCACAAACUCGAGCAUCUCAGUCAGCGAUGGAAAAGGUGGUAAGACUGGUAUGCGGGGUUUGAGCAACAUGCUUAUGCAGCUGCGAAAAGUAUGCAACCAUCCUUUCGUGUUCGAGGCAGUUGAAGAUCAGAUGAACCCUUCCAAGAUGUCAAAUGACUUGCUUUGGCGAACGGCCGGAAAGUUCGAGCUGCUGGACCGAAUCUUGCCCAAGUUCAAAGCUAGCGGUCACCGUGUUCUCAUGUUCUUCCAGAUGACCCAGAUCAUGAACAUCAUGGAAGAUUUCCUGCGGUUACGAGGAAUGCAAUAUAUGCGUCUUGACGGAUCAACAAAGGCCGACGACCGGUCCGAUCUUCUCAAGGACUUCAACGCGCCAAAUUCACCGUACUUCUGUUUCCUCCUCUCUACCCGUGCAGGAGGUCUUGGUCUUAAUUUACAGACCGCCGAUACUGUCAUUAUCUUCGACUCCGACUGGAAUCCUCAUCAGGAUUUGCAGGCCCAGGAUCGUGCGCAUCGUAUCGGUCAGAAGAACGAGGUUCGCAUUCUUCGCCUUAUCACAACCAACUCGGUCGAGGAAAAGAUUCUUGAGCGAGCAAACUACAAGUUGGACAUGGAUGGCAAAGUCAUUCAAGCUGGUAAAUUCGAUAACAGGUCUACAGAAACUGAACGUGACGCGAUGUUGCGUAUCAUGUUGGAUUCUGCAGAGGCAGUGGAGAACAUGGAGCAGGAUGAGAUGGAUGACGACGAUCUCAAUGUAAUCAUGCAGCGAAACGAGGGUGAACUGGAACUAUUUCAAAAGAUGGACAGAGACCGUGCAGCAAACGAUCUUUACGGCCCAGGAAAGAAGUUCCCACGCCUUCUGAGCGAGUCUGAGCUGCCCGACAUCUGGCUUCAGGACGACAACGCCGUUCCAGAGCCUGUUGAAGAGGUCCCAGUGGGACGAGGUGCUCGCGAGCGAACACGGGUCAAAUAUGACGAUGGUCUCACAGAGGAGCAGUGGCUUGAAGCGGUCGAUAACUCUGAAGAUGAUAUCGACGCAGCUGUUGCGCGCAAGGAAGCUAAGAUCGCCAAGCGCUCGAAGAACAAGCAGAUACGCAUAGGCGGGGACGUCGGCGACUCGCCAGCACCUUCACGCGAGGAAUCCGAGGAGCCACAGCCCAAGAAGCGCGGCAGGAAGCCCAAGGAGGUGAAGCGCAAGGCCGAUGAGGCCUCUUUGGACGGAGACCCUGGCCCUCGCAAGCGCGGCCGACCAGCUCCUAAGGUGGCAGAGACGCUCAACCUCGAGCAGCGGACCGCACUUCAGAAGAUCGUCAACGAAGCCUACGAAGCCCUGAAUGAUCUAGAGGUCACGGACCCUAAUGAGCCAGAUCUUCCGCCUCGCGGCAUCAUCGACCCGUUCAUCGAGCUCCCCGACAAGUACGACUACCCCGAUUAUUAUCAGCUCAUCAAGAAUCCAAUCUGCAUGCAGAUGAUCAAGAAGAAGAUCAACAAGAAGGAGUACCAAUCCCUCAAGCACUUCCGUGCAGACAUUGCUCUCCUCUGCAAUAACUGCCGAACGUACAAUGAGGAUCAGAGUCUGCUUUACAAAGACGCAAACUUGAUCGAGGCGACGCUGGAUGCAAAGUUGGCCGAGGCUACCAUAGACUAUCCCGAGUGGCAAAGCUUUAACGAUAGGGACGACAGCUCGGUGAAUGGAGGACCGAGCACAGGUCUUCCCAGCGCUGUCGGCACACCUCGCGCGAUAUGA